AUGCAAUACUCAACUUUAUUAAUCAUUGCUUCAGCAUUAGUCGCUUCAUCAUACGGUGCAACCACCUCAACUUCAUUGCAAACUGUCACCAACCACCAAUCAACCGAAGUCACCAUCACUUCAUGUUCAAAUGAAGCUUGUGUUACUACUUCAAACUCAUUAGUUCCAUCAGUUGCUACUACCACUGUUGAAGGUGUUGAAACUGUUUACACCACUUAUUGUCCAUUGUCAAGUGAAGAAGCAGGUGAAGGAACCUCUGCUCCAACCACUACUCAACCAAGCACUGUUGCUGCUGAAUCAUCUGAAGCUCCAGGUCCAUCAUCAACUGAAACUGUUGUUACUACUACUGUUCAAGGUGUUGAAACUAUCUACACUACUUACUGCCCUUUGUCAAGUGAAGAAGCUGGUACUGGUGCUCCAACCACUGCUGCUGCUGAAUCAACCCCUGCUGCUGCCGGAGAAUCAACCCCUGCUGCUGCAGCUUCUUCUGCUCCAGCUGCUGCUGAAUCCAACCCAAGCACUCUUGCAGGUGAGGCCACUACUCCAGCCACCGAAUCAGACCAAUAUGUUGACGUCACCGAAACUCCAACUGUAUCUGCUACUGAAAACGUUGAAGCUACCGAAACCGCUCAAUCAACUUUGUUCACCUCCUCCGCAGCUGGAAACUCAUCAUCAACUGAAGCUGGUGUUUCUACUUAUGAAGCUGGUGCUCAAAGAGUUGCUGUUGGUUUUGCUGCUGUCGCUGGUUUGGCAGCUGCUUUGGUAUAA